UAAUAAUCUAAAGGGUCCCUCCCCCCUGUCUUGGUUUAUAAACCCGACAGCAUCAGCCCAAUUGUUCCUUACAUUUUCAACCUCAUUUAGGAACGUCGUAUUUCACACCGAUUAUCCCGCAUUCUUUUCUUAGAAACUCCUAGAAACUCGAAUACUUGUGCUAUCGUCUGUAAAAAGGAGACGACGUUGCAAUUGUGAUCGUCAGAUCGACAGGACGCCAGAACAUUUACACGGAAGCUGGCCCGUCGUUCACGCUCCGAGACGAAAAUCCACCAAGUCCACUUACAUCCGGCACUAUCCCACCGCCGAUCGAUUGGUAACUCGACAGCUCAACUCGUGUUCCAUUCCUCCAUUUCCCCAUUCCCGCCAAUUUGGGCACACCCUCAAUUCAAUGCAGCUCGCCGUUAGACACAUAAUACGUAUUAAACAUGUUCUAUCGCGACAUCAACAUGCAUUACACAGAUGAGCCGAUGGAAUCGGGACCUGAUUCGGUUUCGUAUCACAAUAUGGACUUCGCUAUGCAUAAGUACCUCUUAUUGCAGAACCAGCACGAAGAGCUUCGGCAACAUAUGCAUGAUCUCUGUCCUUCAUAUACGACGACGUCUUCUACUGCAGUUACUUCGCCUUCGGUCUCGCCCACCCGGGCAUUUAUUGGUAGCCCGCUCUUUAAGCUCUCUCCUUCGCCCUCACGGAACCAUCGAAGAUCAUCGUUAUCGUCUAAUAGGAGCUCAGGAUACCGAGGCUCGCAGACUCAGCUAGAACCGGUGCUAGACGAAUCGCUGAUCGAGGAGAUGGCGGCAGGUGAACAGAAGCUCUUCGACGUGAACGAAGGCCUCAAGAGGGCCCUGACGGAGCUGCUUAACUGCGAGACGGUACGGAAAGACCAAGAAAUGAGAACCUGGGUGCAGACGCGAUUAAUGGACACGGAGAGAGAGCUGCGUAGCGGACGAAGGCGGCGGAGCCACAGUGGUUCCGACUAAGUGGGCGAAGAAGGAAAAGGGCUUAAGGGAUGGGAGUGAAGUGUGGAAAAGUUGGUUAAUUUUAAGUUGGGAAGGAAAAGAAA